AUGCCCAAAUGUAUGUCGGUUAAACACGCUCAUUGGGCCUCAUUGCUUCGGCCCAUGAAAGCAACAUUUGUGCCCCACCGAUGGGGAGUUGCAGAAUUGAAUUGUAGAGAGUGCCUUGGCUAUUUCGUUUUCGUUGUCGCCCCUUUCACGAUGGUAUCCUCUCUCGUCAACAAGGACAAUCAAAGUGACAGUACUUUUUUGGUUGUCAUGACAUCACUUUGGUUCUCCAUUCUUGAUGCCGCAGAUCAGAAAAUGCCGGAUACUCUUCAGCUUAUUUCAUCACAAUCGGCCGCAUAUUCAGCGGGUUUAUUUGCUAGUCCC